AUGAACUAUGAAGCACCGGCGGACUGCAACAAUUUAACUACGUCUUCAUGUCUGUUUCUAGCAGCCCAGAAUAGCGGUGUCUCGCCGUAUUCAUCCCUUGAGUCAACCUCAAUCUUGCCCGUGUCUAGCAGCAGCUUCAAUAUACCUUCAUGUCCAUUUCUAGCAACCCAGAAUAGCGGUGUCCGGCCGUGUUUAUCCCUUGAGUCAACCUCAACCUUUCCCGUAUCUAGUAAUAGCUUCACUAUACCUUCAUGUCUAUGUCUAGCAGCCCAGAAUAGCGUUGUCCGGCCGUGUUUAUCCCUCGAAUCGAUUUCAGCCUUGCCUGUGUCCAGCAGCAGCUUCACUACGUCUUCAUGUCCAUUUCUAGCAGUCCAGAAUAGCGGUGUCUUGCCGCAUUUAUCCCUUGAGUCAACCUCAACCUUGCCCGUAUCUAGUAGUAGCUUAACCACACCUUCGUGCCCUUCUCUAGCGGCUACUAAUAGCGGUGUCUGA